ACAUUGACACCCCAAGGAAGGUUCAUUAAUGAAGUGUCACGCACCGACGACCGACGUCCCUGCUACUACAUAAACACCCGUCUCACCCUCUUCCACUUCCAUUCACAUCUGUCCUUUCAAUACAAUCAAAACUUGCCUACGUCCCUCAAAAUCAAUACCCAAAUUGUAACAGCAACCAUGUGUGGUGGUGCUAUCAUCGCCGAUCUCAUACCUCGCCCCCGCCGCCUCAACCCCACCAACGUCUGGCCCAACUCCACCGUCUACCCUAAACUCAACCCUUUCCAAUCAGAAUUUAACCACUUUGUAGAAGAAACCUCUCCUGUUCAUAAACGAGCUCCAUUAUCUUCAGGAAAUCUGCAUGAAAGCAGUACUAGAAAAAGACAGAGGAAGAAUUUGUACCGAGGAAUCAGGCAGCGUCCAUGGGGAAAAUGGGCGGCUGAGAUUCGUGAUCCGAGGAAAGGUGUUAGGGUUUGGUUGGGUACUUUCAACACAGCGGAAGAGGCUGCUAGAGCUUACGACACAGAAGCUCGAAAAAUCCGUGGAAGAAAAGCUAAGGUUAAUUUUCCCAACGAAGGAGAUUCUUACAACUGCGCUUCACUUCGUAAUGGUUCUUCUGUGAGUUUCUCAAACGAAGCCAUUGGUUCGGGGGGAAAGGGGUUUGUUCCGGCAAUGGUGAAAGAAAUAGUUACGGAGAAGAAAGCGGAAGUCGUACAGGAAGUUAACGAAGUGGAGAAGCUGUCAGAGGAACUCAUGGCGUACGAAUCAUAUAUGAAAUUUUACGAGAUGCCGUAUCUCGAAGGGGAGCCGGCGGAGAUGCCGGCGAAUCCAGAGGGCGGAGUUGGCGGUGGUUCUCUUGAGCUCUGGAGCUUCGAUGACGAUGUUCUGUAAGACUGUAACUAGCAGAACAGAACAGAUCGACCUUUUCGUGUCGUAGUUGAUUUACGUGUUCUUGUUUUUAGGGCUUAAAUUUGUAAUUUGAAGAUAAUUUUGUGGCUUCUUUUCUUUGGAUUCAAAGACAAAAUUGUAAUGUUGGUCGUUGGAUGCUUUAUUUUUAUUUUGCUUAAUGCAAACACGUAAUAAUAUGUUUAUGUUAAAAAUA